CACUGACUCUGGUGCAGCUUCACUCUCUGUCUCUCUGGUUGCAAAUGACUCUCUGACAGCUGGACGACUGGAGGAGGAGGAAACUGGAGGUGCAGAGUCGAGACCAAACUUUUUCUGGGGGAAAUUAUGAGAAACGUGGAGCUGUGAUUUUUUUUUUUAUUCCUCAUCCAUUUGACAGCAGACAAGGGCGGAGAUGGAGAACAAGGCCAUGUAUCUGAGCACAUAUGAGGAGAGAGAAAACGGCUCCAUGUAUGAAGAGGCCUACGAUGGACACAACUUGUCCAAACUCAACCUGUGUGACGAAGGUUCUGGAAAGCGUCGCAGGAAGCAGGACCAGUGCUGCGGUCACCUCAACUCGCUCUCAGCCAUCAAAUACUCCAUUGUGUCGCUCUACAUCCUGGUUCUUCUCACCAUCUUUGGGCUCUGCCUGACAGUGUCUCGUUCCCAGGUGUCCUCGCAGCGACAGGAGGUGCUGAUGGAGAACGUGACCCGGAUGUCGGAGCGCUCUCGGCUGCUGCAGCAGAACCUGGGCGAGGCGUCCACGCAGGCCGACCUGCUGGAGAACAUCUGGAAACUGGAGAACCUCUUCCAGAACCACAGCGACUGGCUGCAGAGGCUGGAGAUCCUCAUCAAGGGCGUGGAGGUGGAGCUCAGGAGCAUCCAGGCGUACUCUCUGCAGUCCGAGAGCUACCUGGUGCAUCUGGAGGACAAGUUGUCCUCCCUGAGCAGCUCCGCCAGCAGAAACCUGACGAGCUUGAUCGCGGAGGUGACAAGAGCCUCCAACUGGCUCCGCGACCAGGACCGUCUGCUCCGGGAGACCUCAGGGAGGGUGAGCGGGCUGAGGGAGAAACUGGACGACGUCAACUGGACGGUGGGAGCUGUCAAUCACACCGUCAGCAAUGACAUCAGCGUUCACAACCUGAAGUUACAGGACUUGCAGAUCCAGAUCAGCAACAUCACGGAGGACACCAGCAGUUUGUGGGUGACCCACGUCCACACGGAGGCCCAGCUGAGGAACGAGAUGGAGAUCCUCAACACCAUCACAGAGGACCUCCGUCUGAGGGACUGGGAGCACUCCCUGACCCUGAAGAACCUCACCAUCAUUGAAGGGCCUCCAGGACCUAAGGGAGAUAAGGGUGACACUGGACCACUCGGGGCCCCUGGGGCCCCUGGGUUCACUGGCCUGAGAGGGUUUACGGGAGAAAAGGGUCUCCAGGGCCCUCGUGGUGUUAAAGGGUCGGUCGGGGUCGAAGGCGUUCAAGGUGAAAAAGGAGACGUUGGACCUGCUGGGCCCAGAG